ACGCCAGCAACCGCUUUUAGUACUAUCACUCUGAUCAUCAUGGUUAACUUCGAAGGGGAGUUUCAAGACAUAAACGAAGGUCAACUGCAAUUCAUAAAAAAUGUAAUUGAAGAAAAAGGUUUUAAAGACAGCAAAGUGGUCAUUGCCCCCGCUGGAAUAGCAGGUGAUAACUAUGCAGCAAAUGUUAAAAGAAUCAAAGUCGAAGGAGAAAAUGGACAAUUAUCAAUUAUUGCCAAAAUAGCUCCAACUAAUGAAAUGGUUCGGAAGCGUGUAAAUGUCACCACCAUGUUUGGCAAUGAGCAUUUAAUUUACACAGAAUUUCUGCCAAAACUGCUUCAGCUGCAGAAACAAGUUGGAACACCAGACGAAGACUUAGUGAAAUUCCCAAAAUGCUAUGGAACUAAUAUUGAAGAACCCAACGAAGUAAUUCUGCUUGAAGAUCUGAAAGAAUUAGGGUUCUCUAUACAAGACAGAUUUAACUCACUCUCUGAUGAAAGUGUGAGUAGUGUAUUGAAAAACUUAGCUAUCUACCAUUCUUUGUCUUACGUAUUGAAAAGUAAAGAACCUGAUACCUACAAUUAUUUCAAAGACAACUUAAAAGACAUGUGGGGAGCAAUGGCUGAACUACCUGAAGAAGAACUUGCUUAUUUUAGCCAACUUGAAGAAUUUAUCAUGCAAAUGGUAGAUGACCCAGAACAUAAAAAACUUAUAAAGAACAGAGUUGUUGAAAUCGCACCACGAGCAGCUAAAAUGUCGAAAUUCGAAAAUGGUAGCCGAUUUGCAGUAAUUCAACAUGGUGAUGCUUGGACAAACAAUAUCAUGUUCAAAUUUGAUGGGGAGACCUUAAAGGAGGCGAUCUUAAUAGACUACCAAGUUGCAAAGAACGCCAGCCCAGCAAACGACCUUCUUUACAUGAUCUUCAACUGCACUGAUCAUGAGACCAGGUUAAAGAACUUUUACAACUGGUUGGACUAUUACCACUCAGAGUUAGACAAAUCUUUGUCAAACUAUGGUCUGAAGGCCAACUAUCUCUACCCAAGGGAUCAAUUAGAUGCAGAUUUGAAGAGAUACGGUAAACUGCAGUUUGGUUGCUCAUUACUUUUGUGCAGUGUGCUGUCAGCCAAACCAGAGGAAGCAGCUAAAUUUAAAGAGAGCAUGCAGAAUGAAAAUAUUGAGGAGGCAAUGGAUCCAAUGAUGAAUUUGCAACUAGAAACAAUGGAACGUAUAAAAAAGAGAAUCAAUGGUGUCAUUGAGAGCUACCUGGAAUUUGGUUUGUUGUGAUUACUACGUGAAGAAUUACUAUGCUAUUUUAUUUAAUUUAUAUUAUUAAACUUUAUUAAUAUUACUAUA